UUCUAAAUAAACCUACGGCAGGGUCUCUCUGGGGUCGAGCCUCGCUGUUCGGGUUUGCUUCCUGCUGUCUAGGUCGCGAAACCUUGAGGAGAUUUUUCAAGCGGCUUGAGGGGUCCGAGGCGUCCAGAUAUCCCGAGGUCUCCGCGCUCGGCGCCAUGUCCUGGACGUCCAAGAGGGAUUCUGUUUGCAAGUAUUUGCAAUCUGUCCAGUAUGGAACCCACGGAAAUUUUUCAAGACUUUCAUACCCAACUUUCUUUCCACGUUUUGAAUCCCAAGACAUUGCCCCUCCAGAUGACUUCGUAACUAGUGAUGAAGAGCUAGAUUGUGUUUUAUUUGGAACUUUGAGAGGUCAAGUUGUUGGACUACGAUAUUACACAGGAGUAGUAAAUAAUAAUGAAAUGGUUUCUUUACAACGAGAGCCUAAUAAUCCCUAUGAUAAGAAUGCGAUUAAAGUAAACAAUGUGAAUGGAAAUCAGGUUGGUCAUUUAAAGCGAAAUCUUGCAGCUGCCUUGGCCUUUCUCAUGGACAACAAAUUGGUACAAGUGGAAGGAGUAGUUCCUUUUGGUGCAAAUAAUGCUUUUACCAUGCCUCUUCAUAUGACUUUUUGGGGAAAAGAAGAAAAUAGAAAAGUGGUUUUAGAUCAGUUGAAGAAACAUGGAUUCAAAUUGGGUUCCACAUUGAAAGAUUUAGGAUUGAGUUUGGAGAAUAGUUUGGUCUCUGGAAGAGCUGGACCAAGAUAUAAUAGGCCAGCUCAUGUUGCAGUACAGAUGACAGCUGAACAGCUCAAAACGGAAUUUGACAAAUUAUUUGAAGAUUUAAAAGAAGAUGCCAAAACUAAUGAGAUGGAGCCAGCUGAGGCUGUUGGAACCCCAUUGCUUCCACACCAAAAACAAGCUCUGUCUUGGAUGAUUUUACGAGAGAACAGUAAAGAACUUCCACCAUUCUGGGAACAACGAAAUGACUUAUAUUAUAACACAAUAACAAAUUUUUCUGUAAAGCAACGACCAGAAAAUGUUCUUGGAGGAAUUUUAGCUGAUGAUAUGGGUUUGGGCAAAACUCUUACUGCCAUUGCAGUGAUUCUGACCAACUUUGCUGAUGGCCAGCCUCUUCUCAGUAACAGAAGUGAGAAGAAUCAUCCAAGAAAGGAAUACAAGGACGAGACUGUUAAACUCAGAGGAAGUAAUACUAACAACGAGGCCGAUGGACUAAGCACCGAGCCAUCCAGAUGUGGCGGAGAAUCCGUUAUUUCAGAUAUUCAGGCGACGCAUAAAUUUCUUAUAUCAGAAGUCUCUAGCUUUUGCCCUAAAAGAAGAAAAAUUUCUGUUGAGUACACUGAAAGCAGUGAUUUAGAGAAAAUUGAAACUAGUGAACUGGCAAAGAAAAUGAAAGGAUCAUCUAAAGUUAAAGAAGAUACAACAUUUGCUCAUGCACUUACUUCAUCUGCCCCUGUAACAAAGAAGAAAAUAUUGAAAAAGGGAGCAUCUGUGAUGGAGGGGUUAAAGAAAUUUGAUACUGGAGAGAGGUCAAGAGCAACACUGAUCAUCUGUCCACUUUCUGUGCUGAGCAAUUGGAUUAAACUCCCUUUGGGGAAACCUUUGACCACAUUGUUGUAUGUUCUUGAGCUCCAAUUUUUUUCCCCUCAUGCUGGAGAGUACUUUGCACUUUUUAAAAUGUUACCUGGAGUCACUGUGUAUAGAAAGUAUUGUGAAUUUCAGGACCAAUUUGGACAACAUAUAAAAUCAGAAGUGGACUUGAAUUUUUAUGUUUAUUAUGGUCCUGACCGUAUUAGAGAUCCCACCUUGCUUUCAGAACAGGAUAUUGUUUUGACUACUUACAAUAUUUUAACUCAUGAUUAUGGAACUAAAGAUGAUAGUCCAUUACAUAGCAUAAAAUGGCUAAGAGUAAUUCUGGAUGAAGGACAUACCAUACGAAAUCCGAAUGCCCAACAAACAAAAGCUGCACUUGACUUAGAGGCAGAAAGAAGAUGGGUAUUGACAGGUACUCCUAUCCAAAAUUCUUUAAAUGACUUGUGGUCUCUCCUGUCUUUUUUAAAACUUAAACCAUUUAUUGAUAGAGAAUGGUGGCAGAGAACAAUACAACGUCCUGUUACAACAGGAGAUGAGGGAGGACUUAGACGUUUACGGUCCUUAAUUAAAAGUAUUACACUUCGAAGAACAAAGACAAGCAAAAUUAAGGGGAAACCUGUUUUGGAAUUACCAGAAAGGAAAGUAUUUAUUCAGCAUGUUUCACUUUCAGAAGAAGAGAGAAAGAUUUAUCAGUCUGUUAAAAAUGAAGGCAAAGCUAUCAUUGGAAGGUAUUUUACUGAAGGUACUGUCCUUGCACACUAUGCAGAUGUCUUGGGUCUUCUGCUUAGACUGAGGCAGAUUUGUUGUCAUACUCAUCUUCUUACAAAUAGCAUAUCUUCGAAUGGUCCCUCUGGAAAUGAUACGCCUGAAGAACUGAGAAAGAUGUUAAUAAGGAAGAUGAAGUUAAUUCUGAGCUCAGGUUCAGAUGAAGAAUGUGCAGUUUGCCUGGAUUCAUUAACAUUUCCUGUGAUAACACAUUGUGCACAUGUAUUUUGUAAACCUUGUAUUUGUCAGGUCAUUCAGAAUGAGCAGCCACAUGCUAAAUGCCCUUUAUGCAGAAAUAAUAUACAUGGAGAUAAUUUAUUGGAAUGUCCUCCAGAAGAAUCGGCAUGUGACAGUGAGAAAAAAUCCAAUAUGGAAUGGACAUCCAGUUCAAAGAUCAAUGCUCUAAUGCAUGCUUUGAUUGAAUUACGGACAAAGAACCCCAACAUAAAAAGUUUGGUUGUUUCUCAGUUUACCACAUUCCUGUCUUUAAUAGAAACACCACUUAAAGCCUCAGGAUUCAUAUUUACUCGUUUAGAUGGUUCCAUGACUCAAAAGAAAAGAGUUGAAUCAAUUCAGUGUUUUCAAAAUACAGAAGCAGGAUCUCCCACUAUAAUGCUACUGUCCUUAAAAGCCGGUGGAGUUGGCUUGAAUCUUUGUGCAGCUUCUCGGGUGUUCUUAAUGGAUCCAGCCUGGAACCCUGCUGCAGAAGAUCAGUGCUUUGACAGAUGCCAUCGGCUUGGCCAGAAGCAAGAGGUUAUCAUUACAAAAUUCAUUGUAAAGGAUUCUGUCGAAGAAAAUAUGUUGAAAAUACAAAACACAAAAAGAGAACUUGCAGCUGGUGCUUUUGGAACUAAAAAACCAGAUGCUAAUGAAAUGAAGCAAGCUAAAAUAAAUGAAAUCAGAACUUUAGUUGAUUUAUAAUUGUAUGACUUUUGUAAGGUCGGGUUGAACAGAUGUCUAAGUUUUACACAUGUCAAAUACAGAUUUAAGAAUGAGGUAUAGAACAUAUUCUUUCUAUAUGGAGCAUUUUUUCUAUUAAUAAAGUGGCAUUACUGACAUAUCUCUUCUAUAUAUGAAUCUUAUUUUUAAUGAUAACUUUCAAUAGCAAUAAUUUCCAUUGCAAAAUGGCCUGAACGAGGUUUUCCUAGAAGUUCUUUUGCUCUCCAACUUUUCCUAAUGCCUUUGCUAAGUAUUUUCCUACAUCUUCCCUGUAUUCCACAUCUUCAUACUGAAGUGUGGGCAUAGCUUAUACUUUUGACCAGAAGGUUAGUUUUUCUUUGAUGGAAAUAUAAAUAGUCUUUAAUUGGUGAUUCAGUGGGUCUACCAUCCUUGUAAAUUAUUAACAACUAUGUAUACAGACUAUAAGAAAGAUUUUAUUGGAUGUUCAAAAGCUAUAGUUAUAUCCAUAACCAAACCUUAAAUGAAAGACCAAAGUUCAAGGGAGCAAGUUAAUUGCAAUUUUUAUAGCGUCAUUAAAUUAUAAUUUAUAUAUGUGGUUUGCAGAAUGUCUUUAGAAAAAAUUAGGGACCUCAUCAAAGUUGUGUGUUCAUUUUAAUGAAGUGGUGCUACAUUCAUUAUUUAAAUGUAGUCAUAGAUCACAAGCCAUAAAUAUAAAUAGUCUGUAGAGGUGAGAGAACGAGUUCUACUCGGUUUGUUUUGAAAACUUAAAUAAUGUAAUUUAAAUAGAUACUUCUAUAAAUUCUUGUUAUUUGUGUUGGGCUUUUGGAAGUAACUUUAUAAAUUUUCAUAGUACAGAAGAUUACUAUUAUAUGUGAGAGGUGUCAUAAUUAGGAUGGAAGUUGGGCUGGAUGACCAAAAGUCAUUUCAACUCAAAGACAUCUCAAUCCUGAAUUUUGUAAAAAUGGCUUUGUGUGUUUUAAAUCAGAAUUUAAUUUUGGGAUUUCACUAACUGAUCCAUACCUUUUUCUAAUUUUGCUAAUAAGAAAACUUAUUAGUUGCCAGAGAAUUAUAGAUGACUUUGAGUCAUCUUAAAACAAAUAAACAAUCAGGUUAUAUAAUUAGACAUUUUAUUUUCCUGUGGAUUCUUUAAAAUCCAGAUAAGAGAUUACUAAGAAAUUCCUCAUGGUUUAUGGUACAGACUGAAGAAUAUCUCAGAUUUUAUUUGUGCUACAAGAGACUUAACUGAAAGAGAUGAUUGGUACCCUUCUAAGGUGUAUGUCAUAUAGCUCACCCACUAAAUCCUCCCCAACCUGUUAUUGCUCCAAGAGAACAGGAUUAGCCAGCAAGAAUCGUCUUAGUUCCAUUUCUCCUAGUAGCAGGUGAGGUAGGCAUGGUUUUCAGGAAAACAUUUCUAUCAGGGUGUAAGUGGACUGGCCUGCUAGAGUUAGGAGACCCAUGGGAGAUUUUCCACCUUGUAAGACUACAAAUCCAGUCUCAUUACAUAUGGAAUUAUGGCUCUGUAGUACCCACACUGUGAAAUUAAGUAUAAACUGGCCCAAACAAGAAAGAAACCCACCUUACCUAUUUUAAUACAGAUAAACUCAGGCUCAGAAGUGGAGGCAGUGUACUACUUACCCAGAAAACUACAGUGCUAUGCUCUAAGAUAUAUUCAUAGCAAUCAGGUUUAUCAAGUAAUUUUUAGUAUAUUAAUUGGUAUUAAUAAAAAGUUAAUUCAAGAUGUACAAACCACUGGAAUGAAAAAUUUAUGCUAUGCUAUUUUAUUACUUAGAAAUAUACUGAAAAUAUUGUAUUUAUAAUUGUUUCAAACUGGAUUUUUCUUUGAAUUUAAACUCAAUAAAAAGCCAAAAAAAUUUA